CAGACCUCGGCCCGGGGGCCCAGCCGUGAGAGCUGCGUGCUGAUUGGCUGAGCGCCACUGUCCUUUUGAGACUCGGCCUCCCAUUGGAUAAAGCCGACCGAGACGCUCACGCGCACAAUGUCUACCCGCUUUUGUUAUUGUAGCGAGCGCGAGGAGAGCGGGCAGGAUGCGCGGACGGAGACAGCGAGCCUGAUAGUCCGGUAUCGACUCCGAUAGACUCAAAUUAGAUGCAGGAGGGGGAAGGAGACGAGGAUUUCUACCUCUCCGUCCUUGUCCAGAAGACUGCUUUUUGCUAUUCUCUAAAAACACGACCGAUGUAGCAGCAGGAUGUCCGUGAACCCUCCCAACAGUAAUGACGCCUGCCUCAGUAUCGUGCACAGCCUCAUGUGCCACCGGCAGGGUGGCGAAAACGAGGGCUUUGCCAAGCGUGCCAUCGAGAGUCUGGUCAAGAAACUGAAGGAGAAGAAAGACGAACUGGACUCCCUCAUCACCGCCAUCACCACCAACGGAGUUCAUCCCAGCAAGUGCGUGACCAUCCAGAGGACGCUGGACGGACGCCUACAGGUUGCGGGUCGUAAAGGUUUUCCUCAUGUAAUCUACGCACGUUUGUGGCGCUGGCCUGACCUUCACAAGAAUGAGCUGAAGCAUGUGAAAUUCUGCCAGUAUGCAUUUGACCUCAAAUACGAUAAUGUCUGUGUCAACCCUUACCAUUAUGAGAGAGUGGUGUCACCAGGCAUCGUUGGUCUCAGUCUUCAAAACACGGGUCCCACAGGCAGACUGAUAAAGGAAGAGUACAGCCACGACUGCAUUCAGAUGGAUGUUCCCCCAGGCCUGCCUCCCCAGCAGGACCACCAGGGGGCGAUGAAGCUCCCUCCUCCGGACCACUAUGGCCAGCCGCUGCCUCCCCUACAGCUGCCUUCAGAAGGCCCCCGUGCACCACCACCAGUCACCCUCUACUCCAACAUGCCCCUCUCACCCACCGCUUCAGGCUCUAUGAUGCCGAUGCAGGGAGGUCAUGGUGAAGGCUUACUACAGAUAGCGUCUCCUCAGGGUCAAGUCAUGACCCCUACCCCUCCCCCCUCAACCCCAACACAUGGACCCCCACAGACCCCUGUCCCGCCACAACCUCCACCCAACCAGAAUGGCUACAACAGCUCCAAACACUCCCAGACGCAAGGCUCCUUUCACACAACCUGGACAGGCAGCAGCACAGCCUCCUACACUCCUGUAGGACCCCAGCAAAAUGGACGUGGCCACCAACCUCCUCUCCACCACCCGCACUUCUGGUCUCAACAUCACAGUUCAGCAUCUUUCCCCCCUCCAGUCUCCAAUCAUCCAGGUCCUGAGUUUUGGUGUUCGAUCUCAUAUUUCGAGAUGGACGUGCAGGUGGGGGAGAUGUUUAAAGUGCUGUCCAGCUGUCCGGUGGUGACGAUUGACGGGUAUGUGGACCCCUCAGGAGGUGACCGCUUCUGCCUCGGGCAGCUCAGUAAUGUGCACCGCACUGACGCCAGCGAGAGAGCCAGGUUGCACAUAGGUAAAGGCGUGCAGCUGGAGUGUCGUGGUGAGGGUGAUGUAUGGAUGCGCUGUAUGAGCGAUCAUGCCGUCUUUGUGCAGAGUUAUUAUCUGGACAGAGAAGCAGGCCGAGCACCAGGAGAUGCAGUGCACAAAAUCUACCCAGGGGCCUACAUAAAGGUGUUUGACCUCAGGCAGUGCCACAGGCAGAUGCAGCAGCAGGCGGCGACGGCACAGGCAGCAGCGGCGGCACAGGCGGCAGCGGUCGCGGGGAAUAUUCCAGGACCGGGGAGUGUUGGUGGAAUCGCUCCUGCAGUCAGCCUCUCGGCGGCAGCAGGCAUCGGUGUGGAUGACCUCAGGAGGCUGUGUAUUCUGCGUCUGAGUUUCGUGAAGGGCUGGGGUCCUGACUACCCCCGGCAGAGCAUCAAACACACCCCCUGCUGGGUUGAGGUGCAUUUGCACCGGGCGCUGCAGCUGCUGGAUGAGGUGCUGCACACUAUGCCACUGGCUGACCCUGGACCAGCUAACUGAGAGGAACAAUACACAGCAUACACUCGGCACACAGAUACCGGACUCACUACAGUAAGCGUGCAAACCACAUUAAGUGCUACAGUGUGGUUUGCACUUUUAUCAGUCGUUAGAAACCCAAUGAAAACACCACAGAAACUCACUACUCUAAAAUUCAUGUUUCUGAAAGAUGUUUCAGUGCAUUUUAUUGUUCUAUAGUGAAAUGUUGCAUUUCUUUGCGGUUGAAUCUCACAAAACAUGUCAAGGUUAUAUUUUACUUAAAUAUUAAAAGAAACAAAAUAUUUCUCAAACAUCAUGAAGAUGGAUCUUAGGAGGAUUUCUAAUAAGUUAUCUUUUUCAGUGUGUGUGUCUGUGUGUGUGUAUAUAUGCAGUUGAAGUCAGAAUUAUAAGCCUCCCUGAAUUAUUAGCCCCCCUGUUUUUUUUUCUCCCCAAUUUCUGUUUAACAGAGAGAACAUUUUUUUUCAACAUAUUUCUAAACAUAAUAGUUUUAAUAACUCAUUUUUAAUAACUGAUUUACUUUAUCUUUGCCAUGGUGACAGUAAAUAAUAUUUUACUAGUUAUUUUUCAAGACACUUCUAUACAGCUUAGUCACAUUUAAAGGCUUAACUAUGUUAAUUAGGUUAACUAGGCAGGUUAGGGUAAUUAGGCAAGUUAUUGUAUAAUGAUGGUUUGUUCUGUAGACUAUCGAAAAAAAUAUUACUUAAAGGGGCUAAUCAUUUUAGCCUUAAAGGCUUUAAAAAAAUAACUGCUUCUAUUCUAGCUGAAAUAAAACAAAAGACUUUCCACAGAAAAAAAAUUUGGGAAUAUUUUAAAAAAAUUAAAUAAUAAAAAAAAUAAUAAUAAUAAUUCAAUGAGAGGGCUAAUAAUUCUGACUUCAACUGUGUGUUUGUAUGUAUUUUAUAUAUAUAUAUAUAUAAUGGGCACACAGACACAUGCAAAGGUUACAAAGAAAUCCAAAUAAUCUGUUUUAAAAAAAAAGUUAUCAAAAAUUAUCAAUUUGCACUGUUAUGGGUUGGGGAUAUUCAAUGGAUUGUCAUGCUUUAAAGGAUUUUAAUUGAACCACAUGGAGGUAAAGAACCGCCUGAUAGGAAGCAGAAGGUGGUUGAAUUCAUAAAGCGCAUUUAAAAACCUUAAUGAACAAAAAGCUGCUGAUCAUCCUUAUUCUAUGUCCAUAUGCCAAGUUAUGGACUAGUUAAAACUAGGUUUGCUCUUUGAAGGGAAACAUUAAUCUGUCAGUUAUGAUGUUAGAUCACCUAGUGCCUGCUUUAAAAAAAGUCACAGGUAGACCAAGAGAGAGCACAACUGAGCAAUCAUGACACGUGCAUAUCUAAUAGCUCAUAGUAAAAUCUGUUAGCUGCCAACUUGCAAAUAUACUUAAAAUAUUUGUGAGUUGGUUGAUCCCCAUUGCUUCCCUGGUGAAGUACAUGCAGGUGUCAAGAUCACAGAGAGAAAUGAAGGCUCUGGAAGCGGUCACUGAUUUACUAUGGUUACUACUAAUGUUUGAGGGUAGCGCAUUUAUUUUAAACUGUGAUCAAAAUAUGACUGGAACUACCUGUGCAUUAAACGAUUUUAUUUCACACCUUCCAGCCAAUCAGAAUCAAGAAUUUCAACAGACCAUGAAAUAAAUACAAUAAUAAAUGUACAUAUUUAUUUAUAACAAUAGUAUUUGUUGGUCUCUAAAUUGUAGUUUGCUCAUUGAAAUAUAUUAUCAUUAUUAGUUAUUCAAUAAGAAUUAGAAUAAUGCUUUUUUUUAAAUUUCCUAAAAUUAAUUGCAUUUUUUAAUGUACAAAAUGUUCAUUUGAUUUUAUGCUGAAAUAUUACCUGGACUGUUUUGUGGGAUUCAUCCGUUCAAAUUAGAUGUAUAUACCUUAGCGCUACAGGUCUACUAAUGAAUGCAAGUUUACACAGGGUUGAUUGCAGAUUAAGUUCAGGGAAAUAGCUUUAUUGUUCAUAUGCCUUUCUAGCUUUGCACAUCAUGCAGUUAUACUAAGAAUAUUAGAAGUCUUUAAUAGUUUUGCAAUACCGGUAGAAAAUGCUUUCAAUUUGUUCUCGCAAGAAAUUAAUUUAUGGCUCAGCGAACAUAUAAAAACAAAAUGCAACAAUGGCUGCCACUUUCGCAGUGGCCUUUUAGUCGGUUCUCAGAAUAUUUUUCCAUUCAUUUACUCCAUAAGAGUCGGAGCCUUGAAAUAAUCAAGCUGAACAUUAUAAAUAAAUAUACGUUGUGAAUUUAAAUACAAGUUAAAUGCAAAAAUCUUAUAUUUAAAGUAAAAAAUUUAAAGAGUGUAACAAGAUUCAAAUCUCUAUGGAGAAAAUGAUUGAUUUAUUUACUCACGGAACCGUUCUGUCGUGUUCUAGUAUCACACAAAUACACACAACACCACACAGGUAUAGAGGAGACUGUUCAACCUCCAAGCAAGUACUUUUGCAUAAAUAUCUGGAGAUCCACGGGUUUGGUAGCACUAUUUGCCUCAGAGCAAGUGUAUAUGGCUAUGCUGGCGCUGGUCACUUCAGGAACAGUUGGAAAGGACCAGCUGAUGUAGAUCUAAACCUGCCUCUGAGAGACAAACUGAACCGACAGAAAACAGGACAAACUGUCAAAACAAAACUGCUCAUCGUCAUCAUCUCUGUGCUUGUGCUGUGCUCCUCUACAUGUGGACCUCAACUCAGCUAUUACGCGGCUUACUAUCCAGGCAUCUUAUUAGUUAGACUUGCAAUAGCCUUCCAGCUCCUUUAUUUUCAUACCAAAAAAAAGAAGAAAAAAAAAAACAAGCCUGAAUUGUUCAGCUUUAAAAUGGUGGUAUUGGUAUUGUGACGCGGUUCGGUGUUUGUAACCAAAAUCAUUUGCCAUGUGGUGUAACUCACCAAAGCCAGAAUACCUCAUGAUAAUCAAGCAUGAAACCCAGUGGAUUUUUUUCUUUAUGCCAAAAUGUGUCUGGAAGUCUUCUUCUUUCUGGACAUCAUGCUCACCUCAUACUUUAACCAAAUCGAAACGGGACGUGUCUUGAACCGAAUGUAGAGCCUUGAUGCACCGACAGACCGAUUUCAAGAACAACGGGUUUUUUCAUUUGCCAACACCAGUUGCUGAGCUUUUAGCAUUUACUCGCCCAGUAACUCAAGUCUAGAUUAUGACCAAAAUGCAGCCCAGUCAUACCACUAUAACCUUCUGUAAACGGGUAGAACAUCUCAACUUCAAGCAUUAAACAUUUAUAGUUUUGUUGCCUUUACCAAAUUGAAAUAUCUAUCUUACUGUACACCUACUGGAAAUGAAGCAUUUAUUGGAAUGCCAUUCAUAUUGGUUUAUUUAACAUGUGCAACUAGUAUAAAUGGAAAUACUAAGUGGCUGAAAUCUAAUAGUUUGUUAAAGUUAACAUGAAAUUUAAAUUUAUCCUGCUUAACACAUAUCCCUGAUUUUAUUGUCCAUAAUUAAUCUGAAACCUUUUCGACAUUGAUAAUUAUUAGUAAGAAAUGUUUGCUAUUUUAUUUCUGUGAAAGCAGAAAUUUUCAGCAGCCAGAUCAAGAAACAUUUCGAUUGGAAUAAUGUAUACUUUAAGGAGACAUGCUGAUGGGUAAAAUAUAAGAUGGGAGGAAAGGAUAUUUUAUUGAUUUUGCAUUUACAAAUGUUAAAGGUUUGUGUUUCCUUAAGAAACUUUUGCAUUUUUCUGCAGAAGUCUUGUGCUCUCCUAAGAAACUUUGUUCUUUUACUAAAGUAUUUUACUCCCCAAGAAAAAAUGCAUUUAUUUGCUAUCAUAUUGCUUGAAAUGUUUUUUUAUUUGGCCAAAUGAUUGAAUUUUCUAAAGAAAAGCUGUGUAAAACUUAGUAUUAUUAGUAUUGUUGUUUUCUUCCCUAAGAAACACGUUUUGUUUUUCAGAUUUUACUGCAUCCCUGACAAUUGAUUUUUAGUAUUUUUUUUAUCAUAACAGCUCCUGGUGAAAGGAGUGGGUUUUUUUUCUCAAAAAGUGGGCCCUUUUGCAGUCAUUCACCCCAUUUUCUAUUUAAUUAUGAGGUUUAAAUUCUGCAUUUUAGUGACAUUUUAAGCACUAUUUUAUGCUGCAUUAGCUUGUCGGAUGGUCAUCGUAACCACGCUUUUUGAUGUACCAAAAGCAUUUUCUAAAGAUUUAGAAUAAAGAAAUGACAACAAUACUUAUUUUUAAAAUACAAAAAUAAGAAUCUUUUAAAGUUUUAAAUUUAUUAGGCAAAUAACAAACUGGCCAGCACAUUCAACUUUCCUCAGUCAGAAUUUGGGAUGCCGAAUGUGGCACUGUGUGACUUCAGAAUGGGAAGUCACGUUGUGCCAAAUUCGUUGUUCCAAAUUUUGUUCCCCAGCAAACACAAGAAUUCCGCUAUAACCCUAACCCUUAAUCUUGAAGCCUUUUUCGAUGGCUUAAUUUUACAAUUUAUUAUAGAAUAGCAGUCAAAAUAGGACAAAUGAGCUCAUGUAUGGGACAAAUUCUGGACCUUUUUCAGUGACCUUUUUAUUUCGAACCUCCCGCACCCCCUUUUUCUUUUUUGCAAAAGUGUUGCAUUAAUUAAAAAAAAACUGCAUUCUGUUAUCAUUCAUAAACCAUUAUAUGUGACCCUGUCCCACAAAACCAGUCUAAAGUUGCAGGCGUAUAUUUGUGGGACUAGCCGAAAAUGCAUUGUUAAAAUGAUCAAUGUUUCUGUCACGCCAAAAAAAAUAUUAGAACAUUAAUAGUAAAUUUCCUACUGUAAAUGUAUAUAAAAAAACUAAUUUUUGUGACUUUUCUCAGUUCUUAAAUAUUAUUAAAAGAAGAUUAGUCACUUUAGGGAAUUUAAAUUUCUUUUCCAAACUCAAGAGUGUCCUUUCUAGGCAUGGGCCAGUAUAAGAUUCAGACGAUUUCAGUGAUCAAGAUAUGGAGGUAUUGUGAUUACUGCUCUAAAAUAUAUAUAUUUUUAAAUGUCUGGGUAAAAAACUACAAUUGUUUCCCCUUUGAACACAACAUAUUUUAUUUUUAGAAACGUUUAAAAUAUUUUGGGACAGAAAUAUGUCUGGCCAAAUGAUUCAAAUAAAUCAUGGACUUCUGCUGUCUUCAUUAGUUUCAAAACACUGAUCUCUUUACAGUUUGAAACAGCAUUUUUGGAUAUCUUUUCUGCUGGAGAUACUGUUGUCUUAAAAAAAACAACAAAAAGUAAAUAAAAAAAAAAUCUUACACAUACCAUAGGAACAGUAUAGCAGAACAUUUUUGCUGUUUUAAAACCUUGACUUUUCCAAACCGCGGUAUACCUUGUAAAAGGUUAUCGUCCCAGGUUAUUGGCCAAUUCCCAACAAAUCCCAUAAAAAAACAUACAAUGAUUAGCUUAUUCAGCUUUCAGCUAUAAAUCUCAAUUUCCAAAAUUGGACCCUAAUGACUAAUUUUGUUGUCUAUAGUCACGUAUUACUCUCAGCUAAAGUCUUUUGUGAGAGAGAAGUUCUCAGGGCAAGAGAAUGCAAAAUUGAAAACAUUCUUUUUCCUUCCAACUCAUUUUUCCCUUCAGCCUUGGUAAACAUAAGGCUUUUUUUUUUCAAAAACAUUGACAACCUCUGGCUUUCAAAUGAUGAUUAAUAUAACGCCUACUGAGUACAGUAUUUAACAGUGGAAUUAUACUUUAUACUAAAUUUUCAGGAGUAAAUUUGUUACAAAAGCAUUUCAUGUUGACUUUAAUCAGAUCCUCUCUAUUUUUAGUCCUUGACAAAUGUUAUCAAUGGUUAGUCACAACUAAAGAGAAACUAUUUAGCAGAACACUGUUCUGUAGAUGUUCUGCAUUUCCAGUAUUGUUUCCAGAUUAUUAAUCGUUGUGCCUUUCCAUUUGUGCUUCUUUUUUUUAUUCAUGAACUCUUCAAUUACUAAAAAAUAAAUCCCUUCUCAGUUUAUGAAUCACAAAAACUUAAAAUCCUCUACCGGUCUGAAAUAUUCCAGUAGUUAUAAGCAAUGAAGUUCGUCAGGGAUGUCUCACAGUCAUCGAGUGUUUUCAGCUUUCGUUUAGACCUGUAAAUUGGGCGACACAAAAGAUGCAAACUCUUCAUCUGCAGGGUUGUUCACAUCGGCUCAGGUCACGUUGAGAAUUAUGAGCCUUUCAGAAAAUGUAUCGUAAAGCAUAAUGCCUUUUCUUUCUUUCUUUCUUUCUUUCUUAGUGAACGUUGUUGAAUUUAGAUGUCAGGUAAACUCAUUGUUCUGAUGAGUGCCUUUGUAUCUCAUACACACACUACAGAUUAAACGCUAAAUACUGUAAAGCUGUAGUUUUAAUACAGAUUUCAAAGGCACUUUGCAACUUACGCGAUCAGUGUUAAGUUCUGUUCAAACCAGUAUGCUUUCUUGAGGUCAUUUUGGGUGAAUUAGAUUAAAGCUCUCGCAUUACACAUCCAAUUCACACCUUGGUGGUGUAGAAACAUUUGUCGUAUUUAAAGCUAGAAAACAUUUAUAAAAAUAGACAUAGAGAGGUAUCUAAAUGUCAUUAGCGACUUCAGUGCAUAGUUUAGACGUACAGGAUUCAAAACAUUUUGUCGGUUAAGCCGUUUUGCCAAUGACGUUACAUGGUCUGGAGUCAUCUUGUGGUUUAUUUCGCCUUAAAAAUGAAAAAUAAAUAAAUAAAUAAAUGUUACAAUCGACCCCAAAUGUCAUGGUGACAUAGACGUAGAGUUACUAUCGUUAGUGUAAAGUAACUUCACUUUACUUCUCCCUCAUUAGUUCCGCACUGUAAUUUAGAUUUUCUUUCACUGUAUGAAAAUGUUUCUCUUUUUUUCAAAGGAUGACUUUUGCUUUCGUCAAAAACAUGUGGCCUAGCCCCACGGAACACUUAAAGUUCUCUAACGUGUGUGUUUUCACUGAUGGGCAUACUGUAUUGUGUAAGGAUAUUACAUGAUGAAAAGCAACAUGUAUGUCAGUAACAUGACAAUCACCCAACUGGAAGUCAAAUCAACAGCAUUCCAUAUGAAACCGAUUUCUUAUUAGUAUUUAUCAGUAUGUUAUCCAGUGUGAAUAUAUUUGAAUCGACUAUUUUAUUGAUAUUGUCAUUUCAAUUCUUGUUGUUAUUAUAAUUAUUCUAUUGUUCAAGGACAUUCUGCUCCUGUAUGUUGACUGUACACCAAAGUAAAAAAAAAUCCUUUUGAUACAGA